AUCCUUUGUUGCUGGUGCAAGCAACAUGAACACGAAGCUAUUUCGGCUAUUCAUCGCCCUUUCAGUCGUCGUCGUCGUCGCUUUGUACUACUCGAUGAUGAGCUCUGACUAUGACGACGUGAAUGUUCACAUCGAAGAAACACCCUUAGUCGUAUUAAAUGAUUCAGAGCUACGUCGACUGAAGGAAGAACGAGCUCUCCCACAGAACGUCAUCCCAAACCUCCAUUCCCUUCUACGUAUUAAAUUCGUGCACAUGGUAUCCAGUCAAGAGUGCACGUUCCCAACCAACAAAAGUUCAAGUGCUACCCACUACAUCGCCAAUAUCACGGAAUCUGAUUUCCUAACGACAGAGAAGACAGUUUUCAAGAACCUUGCAGAGAAGGCCCGAAAUGUCACGCACCAAGCCGAUGAGCAAUUGAAAGAGAUCCUGAAGGUUCAUGGAAUGGACGCCAACAAGUAUCUUUACAAUCGAAACCGUAUAGUAGAUCUGGAGCAGGCUGUAAAGAAUGGAAUGGGGAUAAAGAUUGGCUCUUAUCUGUACUUUCCUGGAGGGCACUGGGUCCCACUGAACUGCAAAGCCAAAUGGAAGGUAGCAUUGAUCAUUCCUUACCGGAAUCGGAGUUAUAACCUCAAUAUCCUUCUGAGGAACUUAAUACCCUUCUUACGAAGUCAAGAUUUGGAGUUUCAAAUUUUUAUCGCGGAACAGGGUUUCUCUGAAAUAAUGAACCGAGGUCUAAUGAAGAAUAUAGGCUAUCAGAUGGCCAAGUUGAGUGGAACAAUCUGGGACUGCUACGUGUUUCAUGACGUCGACUAUGUUCCCAUUAAUUCUACGAACUACUACGGGUGUGAUGACUACCCCAAACACUAUGCCACCAAGCUUGAAGAAUUCAACUAUAGCAACCCCUACAUGCAAGAUUUUGGAGGCGUCGUGGGAUUAACUGGGGUGCAAAUGGAUAAGAUUAACGGCUACUCUAACAUGUACUGGGGAUGGGGCGGCGAGGAUGACGAUUUGUAUAAUAGGGUAAAAUUCAGCAGUUUAAAAGUCACCAAAGCAAAAGAUGGAUAUUACCGUGAUCUACCUCAUCAGAAGAAAACGAUAACAGAAAAAUGUGAAAAAAGAACCUGUCUUUAUACCCAUGCAACUAUCCGGAUGAAAACCGAUGGAGUUUCAGCGAUCCGUUAUGAAAAUUCCGCCAAUAUUUCUCUCUCGACAUUAUAUACCAAAAUAAGCGUUGAUGUGGUCAAAGCAGGCUGGAAUCACAACUUCAAAAUAUGUGGCAUCUUACAACCGAAACGGCAAUGAAAGCUCCAUGCAUUUUUUCACCAAACCGAAGGUGCCAACUCCUUAAUGUUGUGGAUAAUGAAUUUGAAUGGGCAAUAAGCAAGAAUCCUUUCGAAACUAAAUUCCAAAUCUUAAGGGUAUGUACAUGACUGUAGAUGCUGUGUUUUUCAAGCUUUCUUCAAGCUUUCUUCAAAUGAUUAUAUUUCUCAUGCAAAGCAUAAUACAAUAAGUAUAUAACAAAAAUAAAUACAGUGAAACGACAAAUAUAUCAAAUAGAAAUAGCACGAGAAAAGAGGAACUAAAUAGAAGCAGAGCUUGUUGAAGUGUUAGUUCAUGAGAUGCAGCUUUACAUUAUAUCUUGAACAAACUAUACUUAAAAAAUCAAUAAAUAAAAUAAAUAUGUACCAAAGAAAUUA